GCGCGCCCGCCCGCCGCCUGCCGCGGAUCGCGUGGUCGGCUUGGCUCGCCGCGCCUAUCCCUGUCCGUCCAUAUUGCUGCAGCCCCCGAGCCGGGAAGCCCGGGCCGCCCCGGGGGCGGGGGGGAGGGAGGGACCGGACGAGAAGCCUGCUGCGCUCGGGGUGGGGGCGCCUCGUGAGGAACGGGCGGGGGGGGACGCACGCCGAGGAGGCCUGGACCGCAGAGUGGGGGGCCUUCCUCCCCCCCCCGCCCCGCCAGCGGGCCUCGGAUCUACGGCGGCUGCAUCCGACCGGGAGGGGGGCCGCGCCUAGCGGGAACCCCGAUCCUUCUCAGCAGGGACUGGGGCCCGGCGCCCCUGAGGAAGGCGUCGCGGGCGCUGUGUGAGCCAAGUUCGAGGCGGGGGAGGCAGCCUCGGGCGCGCCCGGCUUCUCCGGGGGGGGGGCGGGCGCGCAGAUGGCCACUCAGGUGGAGCCGCUGCUGCCGGGGGGCGCCCCGCUCUUGCAGGCCGAAGAGCACGGGGGGCUGGUGAGGAAGAAGCCGCCGCCGGCGCCCGAGGCCAAGGGCGAGCCCGGGGCGAACGACGUCGGUGGGGGGGAGCCGGACGGCGGCGCCCGGAGACUCCGGCCGCCCUGCGCCAAGCCACACAAGGAGGGCACCGGGCAGCAGGAGCGCGAGAGCCCGCGGCUGCCGCAGCCGCCCGGCGCCGAGGGCCUGACCGUCAGCGACGGGGAGGAAGGCGGCGGCGAGCCGUGCGCCGGCGGAGGAGCUGCCGGAGCGGCGGGCGCCGGGCGCCGAGACUUCGUAGAAGCCCCCCCGCCCAAGGUGAACCCGUGGACUAAGAACGCGCUGCCGCCGGUCCUGACCACCGUGAACGGACAGUCUCCUCCAGAACAUUCUGCUCCGGCCAAGGUGGUGAGGGCAGCUGUUCCUAAACAGCGCAAAGGCAGCAAGGUUGGUGACUUUGGAGACGCAAUCAACUGGCCCACACCUGGAGAGAUAGCCCACAAGAGUGUGCAGCCCCAGUCUCACAAGCCUCAGCCUACUCGUAAGCUGCCACCCAAGAAGGACAUGAAGGAACAGGAGAAAGGAGAGGGGUGCGAUAGUAAGGAAAGCCCAAAAACCAAAUCGGAUGAAUCAGGGGAGGAGAAGAAUGGGGACGAGGACUGCCAGCGAAGCGGGCAGAAAAAGAAAGGGAACAAACACAAGUGGGUUCCAUUGCAAAUAGACAUGAAGCCUGAAGUACCCAGAGAGAAACUGGCCUCACGCCCUACUCGCCCGCAGGAGCCGAGACAUAUACCUGCCAACCGCGGGGAGAUCAAAGGGUCUGAGCCUGCCACCUACGUUUCCGUGCCCGUGGCCCCCCCCACCCCAGCCUGGCAACCAGAGACCAAACCGGAGCCUGCCUGGCAUGACCAGGAUGAGACAUCGAGUGUGAAGAGUGAUGGGGCUGGUGGGGCGCGGGCUUCCUUCCGUGGCCGUGGACGGGGGCGUGGUCGCGGCCGGGGACGCGGCCGGGGUGGCACUCGAACCCAUUUUGACUACCAGUUUGGCUACCGAAAGUUUGACGGUGCAGAGGGGCCUCGCACCCCCAAGUACAUGAACAACAUCACCUACUACUUUGACAAUGUCAGCAGCACUGAGCUUUACAGCGUGGACCAGGAGCUGCUCAAAGACUACAUCAAGCGCCAGAUCGAAUACUACUUCAGUGUGGACAAUUUAGAGCGAGACUUCUUCCUGCGACGGAAAAUGGAUGCUGAUGGUUUCCUACCCAUCACCCUUAUUGCUUCCUUCCACCGAGUGCAGGCCCUUACCACUGACAUUUCACUCAUCUUUGCGGCCCUAAAAGACAGCAAAGUGGUGGAGAUUGUUGAUGAGAAAGUUCGUAGGAGGGAAGAGCCUGAGAAGUGGCCUCUUCCUGGUCCCCCAAUAGUGGAUUAUUCGCAGACUGAUUUCUCGCAGCUUCUCAACUGCCCCGAGUUUGUCCCCCGCCAGCACUAUCAGAAGGAGACAGAGUCAGCGCCUGGCUCUCCUCGUGCCGUCACCCCAGUGCCAACCAAAACAGAGGAGGUCAGCAACCUAAAGACGCUGCCCAAGGGCUUGUCUGCUAGCCUGCCUGACCUGGAUUCCGAGAACUGGAUUGAAGUGAAGAAGAGGCCUCGCCCCUCCCCAGCACGGCCCAAGAAGUCAGAGGAGCCCAGGUUUGCCCAUCCGACCUCUCUGACACAGCAGCUGCCCUCCCAGCAGCUCAUGUCCAAGGAUCAGGAUGAGCAGGAGGAACUGGAUUUCCUGUUUGAUGAGGAGAUGGAACAGAUGGAUGGAAGGAAGAACACCUUCACUGCCUGGUCUGAUGAGGACUCUGACUAUGAGAUUGAUGACCGGGAUGUCAACAAGAUCCUCAUUGUCACCCAGACGCCACCUUAUAUGCGCCGGCACCCAGGGGGGGACCGUACAGGCAACCACACCUCGCGUGCCAAGAUGAGCGCCGAGCUGGCUAAGGUCAUUAAUGACGGCCUCUUCUACUAUGAGCAGGACCUCUGGACAGAGAAGUUUGAACCUGAGUAUUCUCAGAUCAAGCAAGAAGUCGAGAACUUCAAGAAAGUCAACAUGAUCAGCCGGGAGCAGUUUGAUACACUGACCCCUGAGCCCCCUGUGGAUCCCAACCAGGAGGUUCCUCCUGGGCCACCUCGGUUCCAGCAAGGUGAAGGGCAGACACCUGAGACCCAGGUGUGGGUAGGGCGGUCUGGAGCCCUCAGACUGGGGGGCCUUCCCCUGCAUGCUGACCCUUCUAUCUCUGCAGUUCCCACUGACGCCCUGGCCAACAAGUUGUUUGGUGCUCCUGAGCCCUCCACCAUCGCCCGCUCUCUACCCACCACUGUCCCAGAGUCGCCAAACUACCGCAAUGCCAGGACCCCCCGCACGCCCCGGACACCACAGCUCAAAGACUCAAGCCAGACGUCACGGUUUUACCCAGUGGUGAAAGAAGGACGAACACUAGAUGCCAAGAUGCCUCGAAAAAGGAAGACAAGACACAGUUCGAAUCCACCCUUGGAGAGCCAUGUAGGCUGGGUGAUGGAUUCCCGUGAGCACAGGCCCCGGACUGCUUCCAUCAGCUCCAGCCCUUCAGAAGGGACGCCUGCAGUUGGCAGCUAUGGCUGUACACCUCAGUCACUGCCCAAGUUUCAGCAUCCUUCCCAUGAGCUGCUCAAGGAAAAUGGCUUCACACAACAUGUCUACCACAAGUAUCGUAGGCGCUGCCUUAAUGAGCGGAAACGCUUGGGCAUUGGCCAGUCUCAGGAGAUGAACACUCUUUUCCGCUUCUGGUCCUUCUUCCUGCGCGAUCACUUCAACAAGAAGAUGUAUGAGGAGUUCAAGCAGCUGGCUCUGGAGGAUGCCAAAGAAGGCUACAGAUAUGGUUUAGAGUGCCUUUUUCGAUACUACAGUUAUGGCCUGGAAAAGAAAUUCCGGGUAGAUAUAUUCAAGGAUUUUCAGGAGGAAACCGUGAAGGACUAUGAAGCUGGUCAGCUCUAUGGGCUAGAGAAGUUCUGGGCCUUCUUGAAAUAUUCCAAAGCCAAAAAUUUGGACAUUGACCCCAAACUGCAAGAAUACCUCGGCAAAUUCCGACGUCUUGAAGACUUCCGAGUAGAUCCCCCCAUGGGUGAGGAGGGCAACCACAAGCGACACUCAGUGGUAACAGGAGGUGGCGGUGAGGGCAGGAAGCGGUGCCCCUCCCAGUCUUCCAGCAGGCCUGCGAACAUUGUCAACCAACCCCCUACCCCACCCACCGGCCAGCCCAUCCGAGAAGAUGCCAAAUGGACAAGCCAGCACUCGGACACACAGACUUUGGGAAAGUGAAAAGCCCCUUAGCCCUGGGGUUUGAGGGGGGAAAGGGGUGGGAUGGGCAAGAAUCCAUGGGGGUGCCUAGUCCCAGGAGAGGGGACAGAAAAGGGACAGGCCUGGAGUUAUUAGGACAGGCCUUUGUGCUGAGUAGCAAUGUGUGUAUACCAUUUGGGCUAUGAGAGGUACCCCUGGCCAGGAUCCUCCACGUAUCCCCUUCCCCCUCCUCUCUCCAUGACUCUGCAUAUCCUAGCUUUCUCUCAGGGGGGAGGGUGAGGGGGGAAUUUUUUUUUUAUAUAUAUAUAUACAUAUAUAUAUAUCAAGUUUUAAAUUAUUGAUAGUUCGUCUGGAUUACCAAAAUCACUUGGCAGCCCUGCCCGCGGCUGGUAGGCCGCAAUCCUGAUCCCCACCCACGGUCUCCUCCUGCUCCCCCUCAAGCCAACUAUGCAGCCCACAAGAAGGCCCUGCGGGCCCCAUUGUCUAGCACUGUCCCACGGGAGGCUCCAGCAGUGCUCCUAGGCCCCAGGAGCACCAGCCCCUUGGUCAUCUGGGGUUUGUCGUCACCAUGUUCUCUCCCUGCUGUCCCCACCAUGCCCUUCUGCCAUCUUCUGGGAGAAGGAAACCAAAGGAUCUAAAAGUGGGGGUUUGGGGAAGGUUUCAGCCUCUCCCAACUCUCCUCUCCCCAUGCCCUUUACUCCCCAGCCCAGAAAGACGCUGCUCAUACCAGAAAAGACUAUUGAAAGAUGAUUUAUUUUAUUUUUCUCUGACCUUUCCAUCCUUGGGAAAAUGGAAAAAAAAAAAAAAAAAAGACAAAAUUGACCAUAAAAGACUGAAAAAAAAAAAUCGGAAAACCCUCACCUAAUCCACAGAGAGUGAUGUCUUUCCCCUCUCCUUGGAAUUUUUGUUUUGUUGUUGGAAAUAAUAUUUUUUUAAAAGUUGCCUUAUUGUGGAACAGGAAUCUGAAAUACCCAAAUGCCUGUUUUCCUCGGUGGAGUCAACCUGAAGAGCUCCCACCUUCUCUGGAUGUGCCUGGGCUUGGACUGGCUAGAAUCUUUCUCUGGACUGAGUUGCAUGUACAGUGCCUCCUGCCUGGAGGCAAGAGAGUCGGGGGUGGCUCAUAUCAGAGCUGUGCCCAAAAUAUUCCUGCUGUUGCAUCGUUUGAAGCUGAUGUCCUGUGUCUAUACACGCUGCCACUGUCAUGUCCUCGCUCUGCUUGCUGUUGCCUCACGCCAGGCCCUGUCCUGCCGUGACACCCUUCAUCCUACUCUUGGAACGCCAAGGCUAAGUUUGCUUCAAACUGUUGGAGAACAGAGUUGGCCUGGAUCUGGAACACACUUUUUCCUCAGCUUGAACUUCUCCUCCACCCCAGGGGCGAAAGGUGAACAUCUGGCAGCUGAGGCUUGGAAAUGUUCCUUGUGUUGUCCUGAAAGAUCUCUGAGACCUCAAGAAGGCUAUAUCUCUCUUAAAAGGUGGAGAAAGACGCCGUUCUCCUCCUAGGGUCUGGUGGGGUCUCCCCAUCUUGCAUCCCCCCUAUGUAAGCCAUCUAUCUCUGCCCACCCUCCAACUGACCCUGCCUGGGAACAAGGGAUGAGGAGGAGUUGGGGGCUGGGGGGAUCCUGCCAGCUGGUGAAGCCCUGUGGCAGGAAGGUAUAUGUGGACAUAGAGUAUACCUGACUUCUCUUCUUCAGCCACUGACUGCUUGGGUUGGGCUGUGAAUGACAAUGGAAUGGCUGGAGUCUGCUGUCGUCAGAAGCCAGGGAGGAUGAUGAAGGACUGACCCACACAGACUGGGAUGUGUGUCGGGUAUGGGCAUAACUGUGUGUUCACUCUCAGUGGGAACGGGGCAACACAGAGAAGUUUGUGGUCUCCUUGCUCAAUUACUGAAACUUUGGCCCUCCUUUUCAACUGGUUCCUCUGUUGGUCCCAAAGGUUGGGAGUAGGAGACAGUAUCCCAGGCUGACAAGGGUUUGCCCUCUGUCUUGGGCACCUUGUUGCUUUCAGCCUGUGCCCUUUCCCCAUCUUUGCCCUCCCAGUGGUUUGUGUGUGGGAAGCCCAUCUCAGUUCCUGUGACCCAUUCGUCUCGAACCAGUGAUGAGCGUCUGGUAUCUGCUAUGACAGUGGGUUCUGAGGCCUUUCCCUUACCAGUCUGGUGCCUGCCCCACGCUGUACCAGACACUGGACUCCUGGACCCCUUCCUCCUCCCUUUAUUCCCCCUUUCUUUCCUUCAGGUCACUCAGCCCUGUACUGUAUCCAGCACCAUAGAAACCUCAGUGUUUGUCCUCUGCUGGGUUUGGGGGCACAGGGAAGGCUUGGGGGUGUGGGGAAAGGCUGUUCUUAUCUAAAGUUUACUCCCAGGCCAGGGGGCUGCCAUCCUCUCCACAAACAACCCUGAAAGAGGAAGCCCCUUUGGGGCAGGGAGGUGAGGACUUCAUCUCAACAUAGGCUGGUGGAGGGGACUUUUUUUUUUUUUUUUUUUGUAACAUGUUAGGAGUUAAUGUUGCAAAGAGUAGUUUACAUCUUCACUUUCUGAAGACACUUGAAUUUAGGACCGAUGUAUCUGUGACAAGCAUGCCAGGAGUGGCAGGAGCCAUCAGGGCUAGCCACUUCACACCCACCAUCCUCCCAUGGGGAUCUAAGACCUGAGACAAAGCAACAGCCUGCCCGAACCCCUCUUCCCUCUGUACCCUCCCAAGGUUGGUCCAUGCCAACACAACCUGUGGGCAUCAAACAUCAGAAGGUCUGUGUGCCUCAGCCCUGUUGAGGGGCAGGUUUCUCUUUCGCCCUCUCCUGCGCCUAGGAGCAAACGCACUACCAGUAGAGAAGGGCCAUGCGGCCCUGCCCCAGCCUGGACCCCUGGGGCUCAGGUAGAGGUGUGAUCCCCCAUGUCAAAGUUGUUAAUGUUUCUGUUUUGUUCCAUUGUAGCUCUUUUUCCCCCCUUUCCUGACAAUUGAUUUUUAUAAAAGAAAGAAAGCUGCUCAGAAGGCCCUGAAAGUGGGGAGGAGAGGGGUAAGGAAGACAACUAGUUAGGGAGGGUGAGGGUUUUUUGCCAAAUGCCUUGGGUAGAGUGAUCUGGAUUAUCUGGCACCCUCCUGAAUGGGACCCCAAAGUAGCUCCUGUGUGGAAAGGUCCCUGGAUUUUCCCCAGCCCCCACCCUCUCCUCCUUCAGCCAUGUUGAUGGCACAGAAGAUAAGAACUUACAGCCCAUUUCUCACUGGAGAGGAAAACUUGUCAUCUGGCUUUGCGGAGAAGGUUCCACCUUACGCUCGUAGUACAUUAUCUUUACCAUGUGCUAGGAUAUCACAUUUAAAAGGACAAAAAAAAAUGUAAAAUACUUGAAUGAGCUUGUAUUAUAACAUUAAUAUUAUUGAGAGUAUUUGCUUUCCAGGCUGAAGUGAUUCAUUCAUUAUUCUAGUCCUGCUUUAGUCCUUUGUAAUUUGUGGUAAUUAUGCUUUUCUUUUUAAUACAAAAAAAAUGUAUAAAAAUAAAAACUUGAAAAGGCAAAA